CGGCCGUACCGCCUCGCCUGUGCAUUGGGCCUCGAUUCAUACAUAAAUAUAGCCUGGGUGGGCUCGCCACACUCCUCUCCCCGCUCCAACUCCCAACCCAGGAAGAGAGGGGGGAAGAGAAAUAAUAUGGGGGUGGGGGCUGUGUAAAAAAAUCCCAGUGAGGUCAUUUCAAUGAGAGCGCAGGAGGCGAUAAGACAAGGUCGACUUUUCCGGCGGAGGCGCAGCCCCUGAGGAGAGCGGUGCCGUACACCGCCAGCCGCGCUGCCCGCCCGCAGCGGCUGCCGUCCCCGCCGCCCAUCCGGAACCUUGGACAGCUCCGCGGCUCUGGGGCUGCGCUCUCCGCCGGCGCGGCGCUGCGCGGAGCCCGGCUCGGCCCUUCGGCAACGCCCGCCGGCAGCGGAUGCGCCGCUCCGCCCCGGCUACCGGCGAAGGAACAAAACUUUGGGGGCUACUUACCGCCGCGGGAGCGCCGGAGGAGGAGGAGGAGGAUGCGCGGUUUCCCCGGCUGAUCGGGAAGAAAGGAUGACCAAGGGAGGAUGUGCACCAGCAGCCAGAUCAUCGGGAGCCUCCUGGUGCUCUCCGUGCUGGAGAUAGGGUUAGGGGUGUCCAGCGUGGCCGUGGGGGCGGUCAGUUUCAGCCUGGUCCUCACAGAGCAUAAACCUCAGCUGGGAGACUCUUCUCCGGUAUGGAGCGGGGUGUGUUUUCUGCUUUGUGGCAUAUGUGGAAUACUGUGCGCCAAAAAAAAAUCUGGACUUGUUAUGAUACUUUUUUCUGCCUGUUGCAUCUGUGGACUAAUCGGAGGAAUCUUAAAUUUUCAAUUUCUUCGUGCUCUGACAAAGAAGUCGUCUGCUCUUUAUUCUUUGCAUCUUGCCUCCAUGUCUCUUGCAUGCAUUGGAAUUGGUGGUUGCACCCUUUCUUCAUGGCUCACUUGUCGGCUAGCCAGCUAUGAACAAAGGCGAAUGUUCUCAGAAAGAGAACAUUCAUUGCAUCACUCCCAUGAAAUGGCAGAAAAAAGGUUGAGGGGUAUUGAAAUAACCGACCUGCCCAGCUGCCCGGUGGUUCCCCCGACACCAGAGUUACCUCCAAGGAAAUGACAGACAACAUAAGCAAUGGUGGCCCACAUCUGAUUUAUAACGGAAGUAUAUAUUAAGAGAUAUUUAAAAGUUCCAUGGAAAGAAAUGGGUUUAGAACUUUCUUCAGGAAAAAAAUAUAGACUCCAAGAAAAUAGAAUUAUCUUAGCUUUUAUGGCUCCAAUGUUACAACUGCAGAACAGGACAGCUGCAUUUUCCUUUUAGAAACAUGUUCAAAAUUUGUCUCCUAAACAUUUUGAGGAUAUACAGUAUUUAUUAAUUUCCUGGCUACUCUCUGUUUGUUUUUUUUUUUUGUCUGAAUAACUUUUCAUAAUUCUGUCAGCAUUUGAAACAGACUUCUCAAGACUCUUCUUCUCAGAAAGACUCAAAACCAAGGAAAAAAUAAUCAAACGGCUACAUUUAGCCUGUCACAGCAUUUCUAAAGAGAAGAGAGCAGAGGAAGGAUGGCUCAGGGGAAUCUUUUUCUCCUCCCCACUUAACAGCAUCUGGUGUAAUAUGAUGGCGUCAGAUCAUCUGGCAUGGUACCAGCAACACAUCUGCACAGUCCUUCUCCCCAGCCAGCCUCAAUUUUCCCAGUAGAUCCUAUCAAAAGAGAGUGCAAAUUACUCUUCCAAAAGGCUCCCAUUUCACAUUCAGAGUGUAAAUGAAGUGUGCUGAAAACACCACCAAUGUCUUUGUUUUGAAAGACAGAAUGCUCUAAGAAUGCUAUAAAUCAAAAUCUCAACAAUGCCUUGUUGUAAAGAAAUUGUAAAUAUUUCCAAUUUGUGAAGUAUAUUUCGUAAUUUGUUCAUAAAAGAUAAGAAAUAAAAUGAAAUCUAAACCACA